UGGCUUCUUGAUUCGAUGAUGUGAGCUUUCACCUUGCAGCUUGCAUCAAACAUUCCCCCCACCUCCAAGAAUAAUUUAUCAUGGCAAGCAGUUUUCGAAUGCAACGGCUGUCGCCCCCUAUUUCGUCCUUCAGACACGCUCAAUCAGCCCGCAAACGUCUCAUAUCGGCAUCCCGCCACCAGUUUUCAACGGUUCCGAGACUCGGCCGCUCCGAACAGCCCCAGCAGCGACCGGAAAAGAUUGUUUACUCGAGACCGACCACUUUGAACGCGGAUCGCAAGUCCUCUCCGCUGCGGGUUGUGCCGUUCAUCGCGAUUUUGCUGACGGGCUUUUAUCUCUUCAAUCGGCUGGUAAAGGAACGUUCGGGCACAAAGCCGGCAGACAAAUUUGUCAAGUCAGAGCAUCCCCGAGGAUAGAGCAGCAUUCAUCAUGGCGCCGACAGUGGACAUCAAAACCCUGCUCGACAGAAAGGAACCGCUGUUCUCACCAGACGAGGUGACCAUCAUCUUCGUCCUCGGCGGGCCAGGCGCAGGCAAGGGCACGCAGUGCGCCAACCUUGUCAAGGACUACGGCUUCAAGCAUCUGUCCGCAGGAGAUCUUCUGCGUGAGGAGCAGGACCGUCCAGGCUCUCAGUUUGGCGAGCUCAUCAAGACUCACAUCAAGGAGGGAGAGAUUGUCCCCAUGGAGGUCACCAUUCAGCUUUUGGAAAACGCUAUCAAAGCCACGCUGAAAGAGGAGAACAACAACAAGUUCCUCAUCGACGGCUUCCCACGCAAGUUGGACCAAGCUAUCAAGUUCGAGGAGGCCGUCUGCCCGUCGAAGUUCACCCUUUUCUUCGACUGUCCCGAGGAAGUCAUGCAGGAGCGUCUGCUGAACCGCGGCAAGACUUCUGGUCGCAGCGACGACAAUAUUGAGAGCAUCAAGAAGAGGUUCAAGACCUUUGUUGAGACGAGCAUGCCUGUCGUGGAUAAGUUUGAGAAGGAAGGAAAGGUUGUGAGGUGUGACGCGACGAAAGGUCCCGACGAGGUUUAUCAAGAAGUCAGAGAGAAGCUCAAGAGCAAAGGCUUGGAACCGAAGGCAUAGUAGAACCACUUGGUACAAGAAUCGUCAAACUUCUGGGCGAAAGAGUGUUAGUUGAGGCUUACCCAUAGAUUCUGCUGCUAGCGAACUCGUCACGGCGCUCAAUAAGAUAUAUAGGAUAUAGCAGAUAGGAAUGACAAAUCUAAACAAAGUCAUGAAAGA